UCACUAUAAGAUGUCACUAGCGGUAACUGUUUUGCUGUGUUUCAGAGGUUUUCAAGUUUCAAGCUAGAAACUCUUUCUAGGCCUUACAAUUUAUGUUAUUUUGAUGAAACCAGACAACAAUUAUGGGCGACUUUAAUUGUUUAUUCUUUACAAUCAGUUAAUUAUUUAUUAACUGUUUUUCUAGUGAUUUGAUGUUUGAUCUCAGUUUAAGUCUCAUUGAAGGUAACUUGUUCUUGAAAUACAACCAUCAUCACUGUUGCUUGGAUUACCAUCGUUUUACCAUCGUCAUCGGUCAUUUAUUGUGAUAUCAACUAUUCAUUUCGAUACAAAUAAAUAGACAAUGCCUAAUACUGAGCCAGAAGAAGCAACCCGUGAAAAUCGGGAAAGCAAUGAUGGUUCCUUCGAGUGUAAUAUUUGUUUAGAUACUGCUAAAGAUGCUGUUGUUUCUAUGUGUGGUCAUCUGUUUUGUUGGCCGUGUCUGUAUCAAUGGUUAGAAACUAAACCUCAACGCCAGGUUUGUCCUGUAUGUAAAGCUUUGAUAUCUAGAGAUAAGGUUACCCCAAUUUAUGGUCGAGGAUCUUCACGCCGUGAUCCACGCGAUACCUUACCGCCAAGGCCUCCAGGUCAACGGACUGAGCCGGAACCGCAUCCAUCAACCUCAUUCCCCGGAUUUGGAUUUGGUGAUGGAGGUUUUCACAUGUCAUUCGGUAUCGGUGCCUUUCCAUUCGGAUAUUUUUCCUCGACAAUAUUUAACUUCAGUGACAAUCGACCAGCUCCUUCACCAAGUAAUCCUGACUAUUUAGAGGAUGCACUUCUAAGUAAAAUGUUCUUCUUUGUGGCCAUGAUACUCCUUUUCUAUUUGCUUGUUGCAUAGCAAAUUUAUAGACUUGAAACAUUAAACAACAAAUUCAACCUCAAGGAGAAAUGAAAAAUUCACCCAUUAAUGAAAAAAAAAACAGAAGAACGAUCAUCAAACAAUGAUUGUCUUUUCUCCAAAGCUCACCAAUAAUUCCUGUGUUACUGAGAAAGAAAUCAAUUAAUCAUCAACUAAAUUAUUUGAUUUCUCCUUUUGGAUUAUCAAGUUGAACGGAUUAUCAUUAUCACUAUCAUUAUUAUUAUUACUAUUAUUAUUAUCAACUCAGUAUAAUUUUAAGAAAAAGAAUGCAUGAAGAUCUUUUUCUUUCAUAUUUGUCUUUCUUUCAAUUUUCUUACCAUUCCUCGUUUUUUCUUUGAGCAUUUAAUUCUGUUUUACUGUAUCUGACUGACUCAAUGGUGGACCCAAUAUUCUAGUUUCAACUCUGAACUGAAAUAAAUUUGCUUUUUUUCUUGAGUCGUAUUCUUUGGAUGGUUAACUGCAGAAAGAAAUGCCUUUCAAUGUUGUUGUUUUUGUUUUUUUUAAUAAAAUUAAGUCAUUGUAUGAGUAGAUAAAAUCUCAUGAUGACAAUUUACUUCUCA